AGACGAUGACAUAUUUGCGCCACAUGGGCAUACUGUCGAAAAUUUCUGACGCUCUGGUUUCAGUCUUGCUCAACGUGUUGGGCGGCUGCGAAACGAUUGCUUCGGGCGCCAUUGGCGCACCAACAGGCACGGCUUUCUCUGCGUCAUUCAUGAGUUCGGGCAUGACGAUGAGGUCGGGAUGAGGCUUGCAUAGUGGAUUCGGGGGUAGAUGGUCUUAUAUGAUGACAUCUGAGCUUCGUUGUUGUUUGAACAGUCAUGUUCGGUGAAAAGUCGCGCAUGCCGUCGGUGAACAUGCGUGCAUUCCGAGGCGCAUAUCCGGCCCCACUAUGAUGCUGAAAGACUCAUCAGCACGGCGAAACGAGUCUGCGCCGGACUUGUUAAUGAUUCGACGUCAAGGUAUAUUUCACAAAGAUCGAUCACCCUAUGCGGACGAGAUAUCUGCAGCCGCCCCAUCCUUCAGCCUAACCACACUGCAUCUCCAUCAUUUAGAAUGGCCCUCACAUACACAGAAGUGCCUAUCCAUAUUCAAGGCACAAGCCUCACCAUCUCGACAAUCCACAAUCUAAACUCCAACCCCCCAAUCCUCUUUCUUCACGGUUUCGGCUCCAGCAAGGAAGAUCUCGCAGAUCUAACCGUCAAUCCCUUCCUUCAACACCAUGCAUAUAUCGCCUACGACGCUCCUGGAUGUGGACAAACACACAGCGCCAACCCGUCCACAUCAACCAUUCCCUUCCUGGUCGAAACAGCAGAAGCCAUAUUGUCGCAUUUUCAAAUACCACGAUUCCACCUUAUUGGCCAUUCCAUGGGCGGACUGACCGCACUACUGCUUGCGAGCCGGCAGCCGGACCGAGUACUGAGCUUUGUAAACAUCAAGGGAAAUCUGGCACCAGAAGACUGUUUUCUUAGCCGGCAGAUAUUUGACUUCCCUACCGAAGAUCCAGAAGACUUUCUCGAUGCUUUUAUUCAACGUACGUGUGCGACCAAGUCGUACAGCAACUAUCUGUUCGCGAGUACCUUGAGAUCGCGUGUCCGCGCUCACGCGGUGCGACCAAUUUUCGAGUCCAUGGUGCGAUAUUCUGACGAAGAAGACUUACUGGGCAUGUUUCUCAGGCUGCCGUGUGCGAAGAUGUUUAUGUUUGGGGUGGAGAACCGCAGAUUAUCGUAUUUGAGGCGGCUAGAGCGCGAAGGUGUGAUGCUGGCAGAAAUAGCAGAGAGUGGGCAUUUCCCUAUGUACUCUAACCCUGUGGAAAUGUAUCGCCGGAUAGCAGGAUUUCUGGAAGGUUCACGAACAAAGGUUCAUUAGAGUUGAAAGGCCCAUAGAUUAUAGGAACCAGAGAUAGGGACAAGUUACUCUUGCCGGCCGCUUUGUUUCUCAAAUAGUGGUAGCUGUAUGCGCGAG